AUGUUUACGAUGAUCAUUGAUUUCCACGUGUCAGUCAAACCACACUUCAUUUGAAAAUAUUAGGUCAUGGAUCAAAGGGUUGAGACUUGAGAUUUUCAAUCCUGUUUUUUUAUCACUGGUUUGCCAGUGAUCCAUUAAUUACCCGAAGUCCGAAGCCAAUAAAAGAAAAGAAAGAUGGGAGUUUUCUUUCAAUAUUCGAAACGAAAGCCCAACCAUCUACGGAUAUGGAAGGAGACUUGCUUUACACACCUCCCAUUCCCACUUUCAGGGCCCAGAUUUCCUGUGUUAAAGUGGAGACUAAAAAGCAAAGCGCCCCUCCCCAUCCCCAACCCACCAUUAAAAAUCCUUUGCCUCUCAUCCCACCAAAUCCCCAGUUUCAGUUUCCUUUCUGUUUUCUCUGAAUUACAGAGAUAUAAUUCAAAGAGAAAAAGACCCGCCAUGGCAGUAAGUAACAACAUCAUAGCCAUCCUCAACUUUCUGGCUCUCCUCUGUUCAAUCCCCAUCAUCGGCACCGGAAUCUGGCUAGCCUCGAAACCGGACAACGAGUGCGUCCACUAUUUCCGGUGGCCGGUCGUCCUCAUCGGCGUCCUCAUCCUUCUGGUAUCUCUCGCGGGAUUCGUCGGCGCCUACUGGAACCGUCAGUGCCUCCUGGCCUUCUACAUCUUCUGCAUGGCUGUCCUCAUCGUGCUCCUCCUCGCCCUGCUCGUCCUCGCUUUCGUCGUCACCAGGCCCGACGGCAGCUACGUCGUACCCCGCAGGGGCUACAAGGAGUACAGGCUCGAAGGUUUCUCCUCGUGGCUCCGCAGCCACGUCACCGGUUCUGCAAAUUGGGGCAAGAUUCGAACUUGUCUCGCCAACUCUAACGUCUGUUCCAAGCUUAGCCAAGACUACAUCACCGUCGAUCAGUUCUUCAUGGCUCACAUCUCUCCUCUUCAGUCAGGGUGUUGCAAGCCUCCGACAGCAUGCGGGUACGGGUACGUGAACCCGACAAUGUGGGUAAACCCGAUAAACCCAACAGCUGACGCGGAUUGCUACAUGUGGAGCAAUGACCAGUCGCAGUUGUGCUACGGGUGCAACGCCUGCAAAGCGGGGCUCCUGGGAAACUUGAGGAAGGAAUGGAGGAAGGCAAACGUGAUUCUCAUAGCCGCCCUGGUAGCUCUGAUCUGGGUCUACCUCAUUGCUUGCAGUGCCUUCAAGAAUGCUCAGACCGAGGAUCUUUUCCAGCGUUACAAGCAGGGUUGGGCUUAGGUUUGGCUCCUCUCUCUCCCUCUCCAAACUCCCAACAGAGGUUUUGUCACUGGUAUAUAUAUAUUCAGUAUUCUAAUUCCUUCCACCACUCUGUAGUUUCAUUUCAUAUCUGGAAUUUCUCGUUUUUAAUUGAGUCCAAGUUGAACAAGUUGGGGAAUGAUCCUUCAAAAAGUGAUGGAUGAAGUUUUGCCGACUUGUCAGUUGUCACAUAACCCAAUUCUCAUCUGUACGCAGUUGGCAAAGAAUAAGAUUGUUCUUAUUCUGUGGCUAUUGUUUCUCAUUGGAAUUGGGUUGCAUUUUCUCCA